AUGAGUAAUAUCCUUAAAAAAAUAUUUCAUCCAAUUAUUGGUAUUGAUGAAGAUCAAGAAAAGAUUUUAGUAGAAAACCAGACCGAUACCGAUGAUGAAGCUCAAAAUUCUAUUGGUGCUCCAGUUGAAACUACCAAUCCUUUGGGUUAUAAUUUAGAUUAUGUAUCUGCUUUCUAUAUGGUUAUCCAAGGUAUCAUAGGUACUGGUAUAUUUUUAACUCCAGCAAGUGUACUCAAAUCAAUUGGAUCAGUUGGUGCCAGUUACGUUCUUUGGGUUGCUGGUUUUUUUAUUGCAAUCUUUGAAAUAUUUGUUUAUAUUGAAUUCACAACUUAUUUUAGAAAAAGAUCUGGUGGUGAUGUUGCAUACUUAGAACAAGCUUAUCCUAAACCAGAUUUUUUGAUCCCUACUACUUAUGCUGCUGUUUCAGUCAUCUUAUCAUUUUCGGUAAGUUCCGCCAUUGCAUUUGGUACAUAUAUUUUAAAUGCUGCAGGUACUGAAUCUACUACUUGGAAGCAAAGAGGUGUUGGAGUUGCCAUUUUAACUUUUACAGCUAUCCUUACUGCAGUCCACUCCAAGCUAAGUUUAAAACUUGCUAAUAUUUUAGGAUUUGUCAAGAUGGUUUCCAUCGUAUUUAUUAUAAUAACCGGAUUCGUUGUUUUAGGUGGUGGUACUAGAGUCAAAGAUCCACACUCAGUUUUCAAAAAUGCCUGGGAGGGAUCUACUAGUGAUGGUAAUGCUAUUGCUAAUGCUAUUAUCAAAGUUUCAUUUUCUUAUGGUGGAACUCAAUAUGUAUUUGGAUUAGUAGGUGAAUCUAACCCAAAGAAGACCAAGAAUUUAUUCAGAUUCUUCAUUCCAGGAGUUGUUGUGUUGGUUUUCAUAAUCUAUAUCUUGUUAAUUACCACAUUCUAUGCAGGUGGUGGUUCAGUAAAGGAGCUUAAAGCUUCUGGAAACUUGGUUGCUGCAUUAUUCUUUAAAAAUGUAUUUGGAACUAGUGCAGGUACAAAGGCUUUGAAUGUAUUUGUUGCAUUAUCUGCAUUUGGUCAUUUAUUAGCUGUGUUUGUUGGCCAUUCAAGAGCUUUAAGAGAAUGUGGUAGACAAGGAGUUUUACCUUUCUCUAAAUAUUGGACUUCUACUAAACCAUUUGGUACACCAGUUUUGGCCGUUUUUAUUACUUGGAUAAUUAACUUGAUCGUGUUAUUAGCUCCACCAGCUGGUGAUGCUUAUAAUUUUGUGGUUGAUGUUGGGUCUUAUUCAGGAUACUUCUUUAAGAUUUUAUUAGCAGUUGGAUUAUUGUUAGUGAGAAGACAAAGAAAGCAACAAGGUUUAGGCUACAAUGGAUGGAAGACUCCUUUACCAUUUAUUAUUCUUACCCUUUUCUUUUAUGUAUUUGUCAUUGCCAUGUCGUUUGUUCCACCAAAAGGUGGUUCAUUAAAGGGAUCUGACGUUUCCUUCUUUUAUGCUACUUAUGCUAUCACUACUAUCGGAAUCCUUCUUGUUUGUGUAUUAUACUACUUUGUUUGGGCGAAGCUCUUACCAAAGGUUGGAGGCUACCAACACAGACUUGUAUACUAUGAUUUAAAUCAAGGUGAAAGAGGUCACACAGUAAUUAAAGUCAAGAACGAAGAUUUAGCCAAGUUUGAUGCUGAACAUGAUUCUACCGGUAGAUUCAUUGGAGAAGAUAUUGAUGAAUCGGUUGAAAAUGUUGCUUAUGUUGUUGAAUCAGAUAAGAAAUCUUAAGAUAAUUUUGGUUGUAAAAAAUUUAGUUUAGUACGACAUAAUUUGCGACAAUAUAUGUACGUCAUUUUAUUUAAAUCUAAUUAGGAAUUGUGUCCUGCACAUCGAAU